ACUAAUAGCGCAGACCAUAUACUAUUCUAUGUUUCAGACUGUAGACUAAUCUAUAACUCAGACUAUAAUAUAUAUUCUAGUAGAUUCUGUGGAAAUUAUUAAAAAAAUUAUACAUAUUUAUAUUAAUGCAUUUGACAACACAGUCCAUGAAUAAACACAAUCAGUCGAUUGGCAAACGGUGCAGGGAGUAGUUGUAAUUAUACUUUUUUGUUUUAAAAAAUAGCAACAAUGUCCAGCGACGAAUCAAUUGGCACCCAAAUUUCAACAGUUUCAAAUCGUGAUGAUGGUACUAAGACAAAACUAAAGUCUCACAAAUCGGAACAAUGGGAAAUAAAUUUAAUUGGAAACUUUGUGCUUGGUUUAUAUCAUCGAUCAUUUGUAAGCGCCAAUAAUGAAUGGCUUAUUAAAAAAUCCAUAAUACGGGAAGAGUAUAACAAAUUUAUUACAAAAGAUUUAAGAAAAAAAUUAAAUGAACUCAAUGGUUCUUCUGAUAUUGGCACCUUGUUACACCGUUGCGGUUUUCUACUCAACACUCCCCGUGGAAAUCCUUUUUUCAAAAUAAAAUAUUCCAGUUUAUUUGAUUUUCGCAAUAAUAAAAUUAAAGAAUUGGAUAAAUUAAAAAUAAAUAGUGAUGGUCUUGAACAGAAAACAGACACUGUUAAAUCUCCUGAAAGCUUAUUACUGGAAUUAGUGGAUAAUAUAUCAAAUGUUCUACAAGAAGAUAAUUUGGAAGUGGAUGAAAGUAUGGAGCCAAUUCCUUUGGAAUAUCAGGCCUCCUUAAUGCAGUUACGCAAAGAAAACUAUAAUCCUACUAAUAUGAGCUGCUGCAUAUGUGAAGAAGAUUUUAGCACUAUGGAUGCAUAUGAAGAGCAUAUACAGAAACACGGUGAUGAUACAGAUUUUGAAUUUUUAAACACCAUGAGUAAAUUUGAUAACCCCAUUUUUAAAAUGAGCUAUAGACUUUGCAAAAAUUCUCAUUACUUUUGUUUUGAAUUCGAAACAAAACUAGAGAAUUUAAUAAUUGAUAAAAUUAUUAUUGUUCAGUCGCGUUCAUUUUACUAUGUCCACAAUAUGCGUGUUCCCUAUAAGUGUCCGGAAAAUGGUACGGAUCGCUUUUUUGUCGAUUCACAUUUGUUUACCAUACACGUUGAACAACCAAUUGUUUUGAUAUGUCAUCUGGAGAGUAACAAGGAAACACAUAUUGUUGAACAACAUCAUUUUAUGCGUUCUGAGGAAUUUCCAAAAGUGAAUUUUUCUAUUAAUCCUUAUCGUUUACCGGAUAAAAAAAUUUUUAAACCAAAAUUCCAAUUAGCCGACUAUUAUCCACCAAAAGAAAUUCAAGAUGCUUUAAAGGAUGAUUUCUAUUAUGAGAAACUCAUGAAAACAUCUAAUGAAUUCCGCGACUAUGUACGUAAUGGCAAAACAUUACAGCCUCAUAAUAUAGGAGCUUCGAUAAAUAUACUAUUGCAAAUAGAAGAUAUGGACACCAUACAACAAUAUCUGCAAUUAACGCAAAAGAAUAUAAAAUUACGUAGUUAUGGUGAUGAAUAUAGUUUUCAGCUUAAACCCAAACAACGUGUCUUUAUUGAGAAUAUAUUAUCAGCUUAUGAUGAGGUAAUACUCACCACUCGUACUGAUAUCUUGGCAAAAUCCGAAGAUAUAAUGCAAUUAAUGCUGCAGAAUAAGAGCGAUAUUAAUCGUAUGAAGAAUACAUUUGUUGGUCUAAUACAGGCUGUCAAUACGGGUCGUAUUAGCUUUAAAUGUGAUAAAAAAAUUAAUAUACACGGUUCAUAUACGAUUAUAUGUCGGCCAUCACGUUUAAAUUUUCGUUAUCAAUAUCGUUCGCUCGAGUUGUUGCCAAUUGCUAUGGAUUUUUUAAAGAAAUUUCUAUUUCCUUCUAAAAUAAUGCCACGACCAUUAUCGAGGGUUAGUUUGGAUUUGUAUAAUAAAAAUAUAAGCGGGGAGCAAUUACAAGCGGUGCGUAAUAUAGCUGAAGGUCCACGUAAUGAUGCUACGUAUAUUGUAUUUGGUCCACCCGGUACUGGCAAAACUACCACCAUAGUCGAGUCCAUUUUACAACUUUUAAAGAAACCGAAUACCAAAAUAUUAGUUACUGCUAGCUCGAACAGUGCUUGCGAUGAAGUAGCCUUACGUUUGUGUAAAUAUCUAAAACAAUUAGAUAUUCCCCGAGCCAUGGUACGCAUCUAUUCACGUUCAUCGGAAAUUCGCACCGAAACAAUCGAUGAUGAACUAUUGGAAAAUUCCAAUAUGUACAAUAGACAAUUCUAUCCUGAUAUCGAGGUAUUACAUGAAUAUCGUAUUGUUGUGUGUACGCUGUCGGUUUUAGCGAAAUUGGCAACAGGAAAAUUUGGUCGCCAAGAAAAUGGUGCAACUUUGUAUACGCAUUUAUUUAUUGAUGAGGUUGCCGCCUCAAUGGAAGCUGAAGCUUUAAUAGGUAUAACUACAGUUUUGACACCGAAAUCAUGUCUAAUUAUAUCCGGUGAUCAUAAACAAUUGGGUCCGAUUCUACAAUCGAAACGUGCCAAAGAAUUGGGUCUAGAUGUAUCGUUAAUGGAUCGUUUAUUAGAUCGUGAUUGUUAUCGUGUCGAUGUUGAUACGGGCGAUUAUGAUCGCACCAUACAGACACGUUUGAUACGUAACUAUCGUUCUCAUCCCGCUAUUGUUAAUUUAUAUAGUGGUCUCUACUAUAAUCAUAGUUUGGAAUCGUUUGCUAAGAAGGAUGAUGUUUCCUCAUGUGAACUUUGGCACAAAUCGCGUAAUAAACAAUAUCCUAUAAUAUUCCAUGCUAUAUAUGAGCCCUCUCAUUCCGACUAUCAAUCGCAUAGUUUAUAUAAUCUCCGAGAGCUGGAAGUAGUAAUGGAUUAUGUUAAAGAUCUCAUGUAUUUUGGCAUAAAUGGCAAGCCGGUGCAAGAGAGUGAUAUUGGCAUUAUAUCGCCUUAUAAAAAACAAUAUAGACGCAUACAGGAAGAGCUAAAUAUACGCAAAUGGUUUGGUAUUGAAACUGGUUCGGUGGAAACGUUUCAGGGUAAAGAAAAGGAUAUAAUAAUUGUAUCAUUUGUACGUUCUGGCACUCGUAAUUUGGGUUUCUUGGAUAAUCCAAGACGUUUAAACGUUACUAUAUCACGUCCAAAAUCUAUUUUAAUUAUGGUGGGAAAUCCACAAACUUUAAGUUUAAAUAGUGAUUUUGAGUAUAUAAUAAAAGAGUGUCAACGUAAUAAUACGUUUGUGGGUGGUAUAGGGCCACCAAGAGGCUUUGCAGGUGGAGCAGGAGGUGCAGAAGCCAAAAAGGAAAAUACUACAAAAGCUGACGAUGAUUUGCUAAAACUUUUAAAUGAUAAUAUGAAAGCUCUAAGUGUAGAGAAUAAAAAUGGCGAAAAAGAAGAGCAGAAAACUACUAAAAAUUCAAGAAAAAGUCGUGGACGAAAACGUGGAGGUAGAAAGUCUAAUAAUAAGAAUAAAAUUUCGAAUGAGAAUAAGGAUACAACUGUGGAUGAUAAAGACGAAGACGAUGAUGACGAUGACGAUGAUGAAGAGGAUGAUAUUAGUGAAACUAGCAGUAAACCUUCUACAUCUGGAAAGAAAAGAAAUGACAAAAAUAAACGCCAAUUAAACAAUAGAGCCGGAGCAAAAAGUGGCAAAAUUACCAAGCAAUAUGGUAAAGGUAAACAAAAAAAUGUUGAUAAUAAUAGUAGCAGUAGUAAAAUGCCUGAAAAAAAUAAAAUCGAAUCAUUAUUCGAUGAAUUACCUAAAGUGCCACUGACUACACUGAACACUACUACUACAACAGUAAAUUCAAAAAAAGCUGUUACCUAUACAAAUGAACAACUAAUGCAAAUGAGACAACAACAACAGCAAUAUUUUGAAAACAUGCAAAGGCAACAACAACACUUACAAUUUCAACAACAUCAACAAUUACAACAACAACAAUUACAUCAUUGGUCUAAUAGUUCUUAUUCAAAUACUAACGAUUCCUUUUUCAAAAUACCAACAGCCGGCCAUUGUCCUCCAACAAAUAUACCAUUCAUGAGUCAACAGCAACAUUUUAAUCAACAGCCUUUGCAAUAUACUUCACCAUUUGCUUCGACACCUAAUGCAACUGUUGUCAAUAAUGCAAAUAAUUUCCGUUUACCAAACGUUAAUGUUCCCAACGAUACUACGGCGAAUAGAAACAAAGAUAAUAAUAAUGGAGCAGCUGUGAAUGCUGCUAAUAAGGCCAAUACAAAUAAUAGAAAUUCGGCUAAGAAUAAUUAUAAUAGAAAAGAUAACAACAAUAAUAAGCAGAAAACAUCUGGGGUCACUAAAGUGUAUGCUAACAAAGCUAGAAAUGCCAACGCAGUUAAUGCAACAAAGAAACCCACAAAAAUUGCUGCUAAUAUACAUGCAAGUGCAAAGGUAAAUAGUGACAAUACUAAUAAGACAAAAUUUGGAGCAAUACCAAAAACAAAUCUUACUAGCAAUACAGCAGCUAGGCCAAGUAAUUCGGUAACAUCUUCAUAUACUACUGGAGCUGUUAGUCCGAUUACCAAAACAGUGGCUCCUAAAGCCAGUACUGCAACAGUUUCUAACAAUAUUGGGGCUAAUAAACCAAUUAGCAGCACUGCUAAUAUAUAUCCCACCCUAAACAAAACUACCCCUGUAGCUACUUCUACGUCUACAGCAAACUCUUUUACUUCAUCCUAUAAUAUCAAUCGUCCAACUAUUAGUUUAACUACUUCCAAUAAUAUUAACUUUAAUAGAGCUACAUCAGUUGCUUCAACGAACUCUACAGCUUCUACAUUGAAUCGUCCAACUAGUAGUUUAACUACUACAUCUACAGCAAGUUCUCUUAAUUCAUCCUUUAAUACUAAUCGUCCAACUAGUAGCUUAACUACUAAUAAUCAUAACUCACCAAGUUACGCUCCAUCAGCACCACCAUAUAACAUUUAUUAUCAGGAUUCUAUAAACAUUGAUUCGAUGUAUAAUCGACCCACUCGUAAUUUAUCUUUUGAACGAAAACAGAAAGAAAAGAAAGAUAAUUCAUGUGUUAUUUCCUAAAGGAAUGUGGAAAUGUAAUUUCCCUAAAAUGUUUCUUUAUUUAUGCGCUCUAACACUUUAUCUUUCUUAUUUUAAAGACAAUUUUAUGAUUUGCAUCAUUAUAGCAUAAAACGUUUAAGUAUAAGUACUCGAAUUCGGGAAAUAGCUAAUCUUUAAAUAGAACAUCUUCUAUAAAAAGAAAGGAAAGGUUAUAUAGUGAGGAAGGUUGUCUGUAGUUUGGACUGUUGAAUAGUCCAUAAUUUGGACUGUAGUCUAGUCAAAGGUCUAGACUAUUAUCCAGUUUAUAAUCCGAACUGUUGUGUAGUAUAUAGUCAAGUCUAUAGCCUAGGUUGUAGUCUAGUCUAUAGUCUGAACUCUAGUCUAUAGUCUGAACUCUAGUCUAUAAUUUAGACUAAAAUCUAGUCAAAAGUCUAGACUAUUAUUCAGUAUAUAGUCAAGAAUGUUGAUUUCUAUAGUCUUGACUAUUGUCUUAACUAAAGGCUGGACAGUCGUAUAGUCCUAAAUCUGGACUAUUAUCCGGUCUAUAGUCUGUACUGUUGCCUUGUCUAUAGUCUGGACUGUCGUCUAGUCUAUAUUUUGGACUGUUGUGUAGUCCAUAAUCUGUACUGCAGUCUAGGCAAUAUUAUGAAUUGUUGCCUAUAGUCUGGACUGUCGUCUAGUCCAUAAUAUGGAUUAUUUUUUAGUCUAUAUUCCGGACUGUAGUCCAGUCAAAAAUAUAGACUAUUAUCCUGUCUAGUCAAAAGUCUAGUCUAAAAUCUAGCCUGUUGUCUAGUCUAUAGUCUGGACUGUUGUCUAGUAUAAAGUGAAGCCUAUACCGUUGUCCAAACUAAAGUCUGGACUGUUGUCUAAACCAUAAUAUGGACUGUAGUUUAGUAAAAAAUCUAGACUAUUAUCCAGUCUGUAGUCAGUCUAAAUCUUUGAAACUAAAGUCAAUGCGUUUGGUUUUUAAAACCAAAACUCGAUUGACGUCUAUUUGGGGCCUCUUAACAUUAGUGUAUUUCUAAGUCUGGGUAUAUACUUAUGUUGAGAUAGUAAAGCAUUUAAUCAAAUCUUUUGAAAGUUCUUGGUCGCAACAGAACUUUCACACUAUCGUCAGUUAGCAACCAAUGAUCUCUGAAAAGUCUUUGACGUUAUAAACGUUAAUGACUGCUAAAAUACUCUUUACUCUCGUUUUUCGAAAGCUUUUGCUUUUGAAUCGUAUAAAUCCCCCUGAACUAUAUAUAUAGUUCUAGAGGUGGGUUUAAGAGAGAGAGAGUAAAAGAGAAACAGAAACUUAUUUAACUGAAUUUUUAUAUUAAACUCUAUGGAAUAGAGACAAAAAUUCGGUUGUAUAGACAUCAGAGUAUUAUUUUUUUUAGAAGAGGAGAUCCAGAAUCUAGGGAUUUGAGAGAUUUGUUUGGAUCAAUAUUCCUUUUAACACUGAGAGGGUGAGCUAGAGAAGACUUGUAUUUUAAUUCUCGCGAUAUUAGGAUUUAAGAGAUCAUUUAGGGAUAAUGAUUUGAUUGAUCCCUUUUAGACCUAACCUUAAAAACCUAAAUUAUUCAAAAUGACUAUUAACCCUAAGAAGGCGAGACAAAAACUUGUUACAAAUUUGAAACUAAAAGUUUAAUUUCAAACAUUUUAAUACAUAUUUCUAAAGUCUCGGGAUUUUGGUAGUUAAAAGAUCAUUUAUGGUAUACAAUUUUAUUGGUCCCUUUUAGUACUAACAAUGUUUGAAUCCUAAAACCCUAAAUUAUUAACAUUUCUAUUAGCUCUAAGAAGGAAACUAGUUAGAAGUUUGAAACUUAAAGUUAGUUUCAAGAUUUCCUAAGUCUCAGGAUCUUGAAAUUUAAAAGAACAUUUAAAGGUGAAGAUUUGGACUAGACGUUUAUCAUGAAACACUUUUGUUUGUUUCCCGAAUUUAAAUAAUUUUAAUCGAAUCUCUUAAGUUUUUUUUUUCUUAAGAAAUAUAAUUUCUUAAUCGUAUUGAAAUUGAUUUAAUUUGUUAUUGUGCUAAAACGUUUUUGCAUUGAAAUUGUCUUUAUUUAUAUAUUUAUCACUUUAUUUAAACUAAUACCCAUUAACCCUUAAACAUAUAAAUAUUCAAAAUUUUAUAUACUAAAACAUGAAAUUUGAUUGAAUAUUGAUUGAAUUUCUAUUUUGUAAUGUUUAAAGUAAAAUAUGCUGUAUUUAAUAUCAAAGAAAAUAUUAAAUACCAAGCGUAUUCAUUACAAUUAUUAAUUCAAUUCUUAUUCGGUUACUUUUCACCAAUAAUUACAAAUAUUAUUUUAUAUUAAAUAUCAAAUAUAUAUGGAUUUAUGGUUAUAUAUAAACUUUAUAA